AUGAUGGAUUUGUAUUUAUUUUUCAAGUGUUAGUGACUUUUUCAAUUGACAAAACGCUGAGGCAUAUUUUGCAGCAUUUCUCUCUGUUUAAAGUGACAGUGACCUGAUCUCUUGUCUGCUAGCUGACCCAGAGCAGCUGAGCAGACGUACUCAACAUGAAUCUCCAGGGGAGGAACCUGAAGAAACUAAAAAAGCGCAGAUCCAGUCUUUUUGCGAGCGUGAAGCUAAAUGACAGUUUCUCUCAGAGCAUCGAUGAGAAGGAGAGUAGCUUCCCCUUCGCUCAGGACAGCUCAGUCAAAGCAUGGACGUCCAUGGACAACCUGGAUGGCCCGGAGGCUCCAGACAUUGCCAAGGACAAACGUACCCUGCACAGGGAGGAGUGGGAGAAGAGGAACCGGCAGUCCACUAUCGUCAACAUCAACGUGGGCGGGAAGGUGUUCCUCAUCCCCAAACACCUCGUUCUGUGCUACCCCAAAACUCGCAUCGGCACGCUGGUGCUCUGUACAGACCCCGUCCAGCGUCUCACGCUCUGCGACGACUACUCUGUUAUCAAAAAUGAGUUUUUCUUCGACCGAGACCCCACUUUCUUCCACUACAUCUUCCACUUCUACUGUAGCAACGUCAUGUGGGUGAUGGAGAGCCUGUGUCCCCUCAACUUUGAGGAGGAGAUGACCUUCUGGGGGCUGCGCAUGAAAGACACACCUCGUUGCUGCCGCAUCCUGUUUGAGGAAAAGGUGGAUGAGAUCAAGGACCAACUGAAGGUGAACCAGGAGCUGAUAGCAGAGAUUCAGCCGCAGCACGACGAAGAGGGCUUCAAGACCAUGUUCCUGGGCGGCUUCCGCAAGGCACUGUGGGACCUGAUGGAGAACCCGUACUCCUCCCUUGCGGCCAAGGGCUUCGCUGUGUUCUCCAGCCUGUUCGUGCUCAUCUCCAUUGUGGCCAUGACCCUGAACACCGUUAAAGAGCUGAAGACCUACACCGUCUACGGCAAGACCUAUAUGGAGUGUGUGGAGAUCUGCUCCAUCCUGUUCUUCACUCUGGAGUACUUUCUGCGCCUACUCACCACCUGCGAUAUCAAACACUUCCUGAAGAGCGCCCUCAACUUCGUGGACCUGGUGGCCGUAAUGCCCUACUUCCUGCAGAUUGUGUUUGAGACUUUCUCAGACGCGGAAGACCUGAGUGCGCAGGAGGACCUGAAGACCAUGGCCCGGGUCAGCAAGGUCAGCAAGGUGCUCAAGGUGGUGAAGCUCAUGCGCAUCUUCCGCAUCCUGAAGUUGGCGCGUCACUCCACUGGCAUGCGGGCAUUCGGUUUCACCAUCCGGCAGUGCUCCGAGCAGGUGUGCUGCCUCUUUCUGUUCAUCGCAAUGGGGAUCUUCACUUUCUCUGCGCUGAUGCACUCUGUGGAGGUGGACCAGCCAGGCACUCCCUUCAGCAGCAUCCCAGACGCCUGGUGGUGGGCGGCGGUGAGCAUCUCCACAGUGGGCUACGGGGAUGUGGUUCCCAUCUCCUAUCUGGGCCGCUGUGUGGCGUUCGGCUGCAUCUCCUUCGGCAUCAUCCUGAAUGGCAUGCCAAUCUCCAUCCUGUUCAACAAGUUCUCUGACUACUAUGCCAAGCUGAAGGCCCAGGAGUACACCCAGACCAAUGUGCAGCGCAGCUUGCAGCUCCGCCGCCGGCUGCGCAGGAAGUUCGACAACUGCUUCGAGCCGCAGCCUGACGAUUCUGACGAGGACGUUGCUCCCGGCAACCCUGCGAGAGGGUAA